AUGGCCAGACAUCAUCUUCCCCCCCUUCCGUUCUCCUCGGUCCCCCGUUCUUCUCCGUUCAGAACAUCUCGCCUAUCUUCCUGCCCCUUAUAUGCCACCACCACUCACGCGACAUCUGACGGACCAAGUCUUACUUCCCGUGACGGUCACUUGCUUCCUCCAGCGUGGGCUGAGUGUCGUCCUGAGCUUUGCGAUGCUCUUCCUUGGUUCCGUUCCGUUCAAGGAGGUGUGUACCAUUCCGGGAACAUCUGCUUUGGGUUUCUUCUCGACGCCGACUGUGGCAUACGUUCCCACAUCGACGAUGAAGUGAUCAUAACCCGCGUAGGAGGCGGCUGCACUAAAGAUGCGCAGGGAAACCUGACCCUGGUUAAGGAUCAAGAUUGCGACGGUUCCACUCUGACCAGUCUCUAUAACAGCAGGGAGCUUAAGAUCCCCAUCGGUAUAAUCAUAGGGAAUCGCAACACGGUCCUGGGAAGACAACUCCCCCAUCGGUAUAACGUGAUGGAUUACUUUCUCAUUUCUGACAUAUGGUUUGAGAAGGUCGGGGAGAGGAAAGGGGCAAAAGUCCGGUUUGAAAAGCUAGACCUGAGCAAAAAAAGCUGGUGGGCUGUCAAGGGAUCCCCGGAGCCCGUGCCUUAUAAAGCGUGCUUUGAUUGCGGCAUGACAAGCACACAGAUUUACAACGAGGGCUGGAUGUGUCUCAGUCCGGGUUGCAGGAAGUUCUGGAAGUUCGACGGAGCAGCUCCAGUGGCUCUCACAUUCCACUCUAACUUUCUGAGCUAUCGGAUGGCUCCAUCGGAACACAUAAGACAGCAUUACAGUCUUGUGCCAGACUUGCUAUCGUCACUCAAGGAGAGUACCCUUCGCAUUUCAUGGAGAGGUAUAGUGUGUCCUUGGUGCUCCAAAUGCAUAUCUCGCAGACUCUGGCAAGGCUGGAAAUGCAGAGAUGACGACAUUGCUUCAGGCCAGCCAGACAAUCCCUGCCUAUAUCAGAAAAUGAUACCCAUGGACGUACUCUCUCUGCGAUCAGUGAUUGAUGAAUUCGAGAUCAGUCCAAUCAAGCGGGCUCUAUAUUUUGAUCCCAAAUAUCUUAUCCCAGAGGUUGAUGACAUAACAUUAUAUCCAUACAGAAAACUCACUUACAACAUUCCUCGGGUCGGAUCAAUCACUCAUCUAGUCUCCAAUAGGGCUAUUAAUAGCCGUGUCAACGGUCCAAACGAUUUAUUCGACCAGUUACAGCAGACUGACCUUGGUUUGCGGCGCUAUCCCUUGCAGAAGAGUGGUAUGCCGUAUAAAUAUGUUGUUUCGGUAGGCUCCAAAGGGUUCGAUGAAGCGCCUAGCGAAAUACUACGUGCCUUGGGUCGUCUCAGCUGGGCAACCGAAAAAGCCGUGUCCGCCGGACAUCAGCCCCUUCCCCCGAACGAACUGCUACUGCUCGGAUAUCUGGAGGGAAUGAAAAUAGGAUACCAUGAUGAUGGAGAAUCCUCACUUGGGCCAACCAUCGCAACCCUGUCUCUCGGCGCCAAGUCCACCAUGCUCAUUCGAAUGAAGUAUAAAUACUACCACGGGCAGAGUAAAGCAAAAGUACCCUUAGCAGAUGAUCCUAUCCUGGAAGGCUGUGAACUCCAGAAGCAGAGGCAGGCCCUCCGAGACCAGCUCAUUGGUGGUCAUUUAGCGCAAGUGGGUUAUGAGAAACGGCUCAAAGAACUCCUCCGACAAUGCCGAAACGGAGAGGCCGCACCCACCAUCAAAAUGGAGCUGAACCACGGGGACCUAGUUGUCAUGCAUGGGGCAAGACUGCAGAAGUACUUCGAGCAUUCAGUCAUACCUGACAGCAGGCUGCGAUUCGCCCUGACAGCCCGCUACAUCAAACCAGAGGGACUCAGCACCGAAGAACUGAAGAAGGGGCAAUUUACCCUCUCACCUGAUCAAAUCUACGACGGACAGUAAUAUUAUGGCCUGUUGCCAGGCCUGAAUCACUUAUUGUAUUUCUUAUAUCGAAGUGUGCAUCGUUUAUGGUACCGACGAACCUGAAAGAGCCAAACAGAGGAAGAAACCAAACCCAGAAUGAGACAAAAAGAGGCAAAAAACAGAGACACCGUCUCACAUGUUACGGGCUAGCCCUAUAUCCAUACCAGAGAAGACAUCAUUAC